AUGCAUACCUGGAUGAUGGAGGCUCUGCUGCUGAGCCUGCUUGGACUGCAAGAAGUGAUGGGAAAAGGACACUGGUGUGAACACACGGUGGAGCAGAAGGUAGAACGUGUGCUGAGCCCACGUCUGCAGGUGGAGGUGAGCUGCUCUGAGGUGUACCAGUACAACACCCAAGGCUGGAGACUGGACGUGGACUCUAUGCGGGACAAACAUGGCGGAGAUGACGGCAUCGCACUCUACUACAAACGUCUGGGUCCCACAGCAUCCUGCUUGCUGUAUAAACCUCCAGUGACGGAAAGUGGAAUGUUGAACAAGACAAUAAGAACUUGCUGUGAAGGCUGGACUGGACCACGCUGCUUGGAUGGUGUGGGAGUGCGUGGCCAGUGUUACUCUACUUGGAGCUGCGUGGAGUUCCCUGGCGUCCACAACUCCUCGCUGAUGGCGAUGGAGCAGUGUUGCAGCAGCCAAUGGGGACUCAGUUGGAGAAAUGCUUCUGACCAGACUUGCUUGUCCUGCACUUACACUCUCCUUCCAGACGCCCAGUUUUCCCCACUUGUGCGUGGUGGACUUCUAGGUAGCGUCAGAGCACCUCAAGGCUCAGCUACCUGCAUGUCCUGGGGUGGAUCCCACUAUCGCACUUUUGACAAGAAGCACUUCCACUUCCAGGGUACCUGCACCUACCUGCUGGCCUCAUCGACUGAUGGCACCUGGAUGGUCUACAUCAGUGCAGUCUGUGCGAGUCCAGGAGACUGCACUAAGGCUUUGAGAAUGAUGAUGGGCCUUGAUUUGGUUACAAUUCAGCAGAGGAAUUUAACCCUGAACAACCUUCAUGUCCCCAAUGGAGAACCCCUUUUUCAAAACGGAGUGAGCGUUCAUUGGCUGGGAGAUUUUGUCUUUGUGGAGAGUGGCCUAGGGGUGAGGGUGAAGUUCGAUAUGGUCAACACCAUCCAUUUGACCGUCACUGCUGAACACCUGGCAGCCACUAGGGGGCUGUGUGGAAGCUACAACAACAACCCAAACGAUGAUUUCACCACCAUACAUGGCACUGUAUCUCAGUACGCUGCUAGCUUCGGAAACUCAUGGAAAGUUCCUGACCAGCAGAAUGAAGGCUGUAGUGAUGCUGCUGAGUUGGGACACAGUUGUGACAUCUCGGGAGACAUGUCCCUACGCAGAGAAGCUCAGUCUAUGUGUCAUCAGCUACUAGAAAUACCCUUUACCCAAUGCCACACCCGUUUGCACCCAGCAGCGUACGUCGAUACAUGCUUGUACCUUUUCUGUAGCCUGCCACCUAAGGAGCGGAAGGCAGCAGUGUGUGACACGCUGGCCAGCUAUGCUCGGGAGUGUGCCCAGCAACAUGUUAUCCUGUUAUGGAGGAGAGACACGUUAUGCGCUCGUGUUUGUCCCAGAGGUCAGGUGUUUUCAGACUGUGUGUCCUCUUGUCCCCCCAACUGUGCAUCCCCCCAACUUCCCGGGCCAACAGCAGCCACGGUCCAGUGCCGUGAGGAGUGUGUUGGGGGUUGCGAGUGUCUUCCAGGUCUGUACCUCCACCAGGGACACUGUCUCAAAAGAGAAGACUGUCCUUGUUUCCAUCGCCGACGUUCAUAUCAGUCAGGAGACAAGAUCCAGCAGAGAUGUAACACCUGCGUCUGCAGUGCAGGUCAGUGGCAAUGUAGCGAGGAGAAAUGUGCAGCUCAGUGCAGCCUGAUGGGGGCGCUACAUGUCACCACCUUUGACAAAAAGAGAUACUCAAUCCAAGGAGGAGAUUGUCCCUUCACAACCGUGGAGGAUUAUGUUGACAGAAAGCUUGUGGUAAGCGUGCGCUGUGGCGAGUGCACAUCUGGAGGAGGAGGAAGAGCGACAGGCUGUCUGAGAGAAAUGUCAAUUACUGCCCUUCGCACCACAGUCACCAUCACAGACACUGGGGCCGUGACCCUAAAUGGGCACCGGGAGCCGUUGCCCGUGGUUACAGGGGACCUGGUAGUGCGGAGGGCGUCUUCUUCCUUUCUCCUAAUUCAAACCUUUGGAGCUCAGCUUCUCUGGCACUUGGAUGGACCUCUCAUCAUCAUCACCCUGCAGCCUCACUUCACCAACAAGGUGCGCGGUCUAUGUGGAACAAUGACCUGGAACCAGCACGAUGACUUCAUGACCCCAGAAGGAGAUGUGGAGAGCAGCGUCUCAUCUUUUAUUAGUAAAUUCACCACGGAACACUGCAGCCUAUCCCGAGCAGCACCUCAGGACGCCUGCACUGCUUAUACCCAGAGGAGGAACUAUGCUGACUCUGUGUGCUCCAUCAUUCACAGCUCAGUCUUCCAGGCAUGUCACGAUGUCGUGGACAGGGAGCCUUACUUGCGCCUAUGUCUGUCAGAGGUGUGCGGCUGUGUGACCCAGGAGUCCUGUCACUGCACCGUGCUCACUGCCUACGCCCGACACUGUGCCCAGGAGGGCAUCGCCGUCCAGUGGCGCAACCAAACCUUCUGCUUCGUCCAGUGUUCUGGCGGUCAGGUGCAUCAGGAGUGUGGUCGAGCAUGCGGUCGCACCUGUUCCGACCUGCAACAGGGCUGGGGCUGUGAUGAUGAUGAUGAUGACGAUGCUGCAGGUGGUCUGUGCAUCCCUGGUUGCCAAUGCUCUGCAGGACUUGUGCAGGACGACCAAGGCCAGUGUGUGCCCACAAGCAUGUGCCCCUGUGUGCAAGGAGACCAGACUUAUCUACCUGGAGAUGUUAUGGUGAACAACUGUAAAACCUGUGUGUGUGAAAAGGGGAUGAUGAACUGCACAACGGGCCACUGUGAAGAAGUCAACACGUGUCCUGGAUCUCUGAUCUACUCUCCACGUUCCUGCCUUCUCACUUGUUCCAGUCUGGACCCUCCCAGUCAGCAGCAAGUCUCGGGCCUCCUGAGCUGCAGAGAGCCGCUGUCUGGCUGUGUGUGCCCUCAAGGAAGUGUGCUCCUGGGUGGUCAGUGUGUCCUCCCAGCAGAGUGUCCAUGUCGCCAUAAUGGCCGCCUCUACUACACCAACGAUACCAUCAUUAAAGAUUGCAACACCUGUGUGUGUAAGGAGCGCCAUUGGCACUGCGGCCAGUCAGCCUGCGCUGGCAUGUGCGUGGCGACAGGAGACCCUCAUUAUGUGACCUUUGAUGGCCGCUACUUCUCUUUCUUGGGCGACUGCCAGUACGUGCUGGCGCGGGAAACCGGUGGUUUGUUCAGCGUCACAGCAGAGAAUGUGCCCUGUGGGAGCACCGGGGUCACGUGUACAAAGUCUGUUACCCUCAGCCUGGGGAACACCAUCAUACACCUGCUGAGAGGUAAAGCAGUGACAGUUAACGGAAUGCCAGUUAUUCUACCAAAGACCUACAGUGGGAGUGGUCUGACUUUGGAAAUGAUGGGCAUGUUCGUAUCACUCUCUUCCAGACUUGGCGUCACUCUGCUGUGGGAUGGAGGUAUGCGCCUUUAUAUACGUCUGGCAGCACACUUGCGGGGGAAAGUCGGAGGCCUGUGCGGUAACUUUGAUGGAGACACAGAGAACGACUUCACCACACGACAGGGGAUUGUGGAAUCCACGGCUGAGCUUUUCGGGAAUUCUUGGAAGGUCAGCCCCUCCUGCCCUGAUGUAGCAGACCAAGAGCUGCGAGACCCCUGCACAAUAAAUGCCUACAGAACACCCUGGGCCAGGAAAAAGUGUGGCAUCUUGACACAGGAGCUCUUCUCUCCUUGCCACCCUGAGGUGCCCUUCCAGCAGUAUUAUGACUGGUGUGUCUUUGAUGCUUGUGGCUGUGACUCUGGAGGCGACUGUGAGUGUCUGUGCACGGCCAUCGCCACCUACGCUGAGGAGUGUAACCGCAGAGGAGUCUACAUCCGCUGGAGGUCCCAGGAGCUCUGUCCCCUGCAGUGUGAAAAUGGACUAGAGUACGAUGCGUGCGGUCCAGCUUGCUCACAUUCCUGUCCGAGUGUACAGCCGAGUCCACACUCUCAGUGUGACGUCUUCUCCUGUGUGGAGGGAUGUUUUUGCCCUGCUGGUACUGUCCGACAUGGUGACAGCUGUAUUGUUCCUAAUCAGUGUCCAUGUGAAUGGGAGGACUCCAUGUUUCCACCUGGAACUACAAUCACUCAACACUGCCAGAACUGUUCUUGUGAGGAUGGUGAGUGGCAGUGUGAUGGCGUGGCUUGCCCUCCUCCUGCACCAUCGUGUUUGGAAUCAGAGUUUUCCUGUGCAAGUGGACGCUGUAUCCCCUCUCAGUGGGUGUGUGACAAUGAAGAUGACUGCAGCGAUGGCUCUGAUGAAAUUUGUCCAUUCACGUGCUCUCCAGAACAAUUCCGCUGUGCCAGUACACCCGGUGGACCAUGUCUGAACUUGGCUUUGCGUUGCGACGGCCACCCUGACUGUACUGACCAAUCAGAUGAAGACUUCUGUGGACCCCCCACUCGUUCCCCUUUGCCCAGUGGGGAAUUUCAAUGUGAGAACGGAAAAUGUCUGUCAUCCAGUCGCGUGUGUGAUGGACGUCUGGACUGUGGCUUCGCUGACGGUUCUGAUGAACGAGACUGUGGAGUGGUUUGUGAUAAAGGGGAGUUCUUGUGUGCUGGAGGACGCUGUAUUCUCUACCUCCAUCGAUGUGAUGGCCACGAUGACUGCGGAGACCUCAGCGAUGAAAGGGGGUGUGUGUGCGCACAGACUGAAUUUCAGUGCCCGGGUGACCAGUGUGUCUCUGCAGAGAAAGUGUGUGACGGACAUCCAGACUGUCCAUCUGGAACAGACGAAGCGGUCUGCCCAAGAAAAGCUUGUUGGUCCUAUGAGUUUGAAUGCGCCACAGGAGGACAGUGUGUGCCUCAGGCUUGGCACUGUGACGGUGAAACGGACUGUUUGGAUGGUAGUGAUGAGCAGCCGUGCCCAUCAAUGUGUGGUCCUGGUCAGGUGUCCUGCCUGAGUGGGGACCAGUGUGUGCGUUACCAGCAGCUUUGUGACGGCCACAAAGACUGCAGAGAUGCCUCGGAUGAAAGUGUCGACAAUUGCGGCUCUGCUCGGAUACCUCCGUGCCCAGACAGCUUCUCGUGUGAUAAUCGAACCUGUGUUAACAUGACUAAAGUGUGCAACGGAUUUCCAGACUGUCCCAGGGGCGACGACGAGUUGGUUUGUGGAAAAAAUGUGUCACCAGCACCUCCUGGUGGUAAGAAUACUACGGUUGCCUGUCCAGAAUUCACCUGUCUUGAUGGCUCCUGUAUCCAGUUCAACAUGGUGUGUAAUGGUGUUGGAGACUGCCCGGACUCAUCAUUGGCACCAUUUGGAGGCCCUACAGAUGAGCAGGGAUGUAGAAACUGGAGCUCCUGGGGUCCAUGGAGCCCCUGCAGCACCUCCUGUGGUACAGGCUCCAUGAGCAGGCACAGAUCGUGUCCUUCAGGAGAUCUUUUGCACCACUGUCGGGGUCAGGAUGUCCAGAGGCAGCAGUGCUUCAACACCACCUGCCCUGUUGAUGGUCAGUGGCUGCCAUGGGUGACUUGGUCAAACUGUUCCAGUGGUUGUGGAGGAAUCCAGGUCCGACACAGAGGCUGUAUCCCCCCUCGAAAUGGAGGCCGAGACUGCUCCCGGCUCCCAGGAUCAUCCAAUCUCAACAUGGAAAUCAAGCCUUGUCCUGAGGACGGAUGUUCCAACACUAGCUGUCCAGCAGGCCUGGUGAGGCACGAGUGUGCUCCCUGCCCACUGUCCUGUGCACACAUCAGCAGCGGGACCACCUGUGAUUCCAAAGCACCGUGCUUCUCAGCUUGCUGGUGCCCAGAAGGCCAGGUAAUGAGCCACACACAAAAGUGUGUGAUACCAGAGGAGUGUGUGUGUGAAGUGGCAGGUGUGCGCUACAGACCAGGCCAGCAGUUGAAGGUGGACUGUGAGAUUUGUGUUUGUGAAAAAGGAAGACCUCAAAAAUGCAAGCCCAACCCAGACUGCUCUGUGCACUGUGGAUGGUCUUCAUGGUCUGAGUGGGGGGAAUGUUUGGGACCCUGUGGGGUUCAAAGUGUCCAGUGGUCGUUCCGGAGUCCAAACAACCCCACCAACAAUGGAGAUGGGAAAACAUGUAGAGGAAUCUACCGGAAAGCACGUCGAUGUCAGACUGAGCCCUGUGAUGAGUGCGAGUACCAAGGUCAGUCCCAUGCUGUAGGAGACAGGUGGAGGUCCGACUACUGCCACCUGUGUCAUUGCCUGCCCAACCUCACAGUCCAGUGCUCCCCUUACUGCCCAUAUGCUGACACCGGAUGCCCACAGCCAGGAGAAGGCGUCACCCCUCUCAUUCCCACCUACCCACUACCUCCUGGUGAUGAGUGCUGGUCUCCUUUGGGUGUUCAGUUUCUGCCGCCCUCCAGCUUCCAGGCUUCCUCUCAGCAACCUGGUCACCCCCCUGAGGCAGCUCGCCUCCACGGCUGGGACCCUCACAGUGACCUCCAGGGCUGGAGUCCAGAACCAGAAGAGUACAAAGAUCUACCUCAGAGGAGCCCUGAGGGUCACAGUGGCAGCCUGCAAAGUCCUUAUAUCCACAUUGACCUGCUGAAACAAUACAACAUCACCGGUGUCCUCACGCAGGGCGGUGGAGUGUUUGGAACAUACGUGUCUAGUUUCUACCUCCAGUUCAGCCAAGACGGAAGACAGUGGUACACUUACAAAGAGCUUGUCACGGACGCACGGCCCAGAGCUAAGGUCUUUCAUGGUAACUACAACGACGGAGGCGUUGCUGAGAUCAGACUGGACCGGAUGGUGUCGGCUCAGUUUGUCCGCCUGCUGCCACAGGACUUCAAUAAUGGAAUUUAUCUUCGUCUUGAGAUUAUGGGAUGUGAAGAUGGCCACUACUGGGCAACCUUACCUUCACCAAGUGUCUUGCCAGCAGGUGACUGCGGAGAAAAAGAGCUCCAGUGUAAAAAUGGUGGCUGUGUGCCAGCAGGCCCUUCAGGAGUCAUCUGUGACGGCGUCGAUGAUUGUGGCGACGGAUCAGAUGAGAUGUACUGCGGCACACAACCUUACCCAACUCCCAGCAGUCCUUACAGAUGCCCCAGCAGUCAGUACACAUGCCUCCCACCAGGGGGCUGCAUUGACCCUGGAAAACUUUGUGAUGGCACUCCCCACUGUCCCCAAGGAGAUGACGAAACUGGCUGUCACUUGCAUGAAAACAUCACCACCCAGUCUGACAGACCACACACACCCACUCCAGCCCCCAUUAGGACUCCUUCCAGGCCUACUGUCACACCUUCUUCAUUAACACCUACAGAUGGUGGGCCAGGAUAUCGUGGAAUCUGCUCAUCUGCUCUCGGACUGGAGGAUGGAAGCAUUCGUUAUGGCCAGCUAAGCUCAUCCUCACAUCGUGCGAACAAUCCUGCUGACGCGGGUCGCUUGAAUAUCAUUCCCAAUAUUCAGCUUAUGGAGCCUGGAUGGAGCCCCUUACCAACAGACCCCCAACCGUACUUUCAGGUUGAUUUCCUGGAGCCCACGUGGGUGUCAGGGGUCGUGACCCAAGGUAGCGAGCGCAUGUGGGGUUACCUCACCAAGUACAGACUCGCCUUUGCCUUGCACAGCAGCCUCUUUAGCAACUACACUCAGGACGGCAAACCUACUAGUCCUGCUAAGGUGUUUGAGGUGCGCAUGGUUGGUAGGAAACCUGUGACUCGUUGGCUCAGCAGGCUGGUCAGGGCCCGCUACCUACGAAUCAUACCUGUGGAGUUCAGACACACCUUUUAUCUGCGUGCUGAGAUCCUCGGAUGCAGAGGAGAUGAGCUGGUGACCCCCAGCAGCUUUACGCUGACACGGCAACACUGUAAGGCCGGGCAGUUUGCCUGCCAGCACAGUGAACAAUGUGUUCCUAUUUCUGUACUGUGUGACGGACGACUGGAUUGCAAAGAUCACUCCGAUGAGAUGAAUUGUGGAUCUCCAGGUUUACAGAAUCAAACCAGUUUCCCAGGGAGACCAGGUUUCCACAGUGACAGUCCAACAGGUGCUCCAGGUGUCUACACCACCAAGUCACUAGGUGGUUUGCCAGGUGUGGCUACAUCUGGGGUCACACGGCAGCCGGGACUAUGGAAAACCAGCUCUUCAAACACCGGAUGGACGACUGGCCAGCCUGCACUGCACGUCACGCCGACCUUCCAGCCUGGAGGUCCUGGCUUACAAACAUCAAGGGCCCAGUGGAUCAUCACAAGCGCUCAGGAUGGAGGCUCGCCCAGAGUGUUUUGUGUAGCAGGACAAUUUGCAUGCCGCUCAUUUGGCUGUGUGGACUCGGCUCAGGUGUGCGACGGCAGGCAGGACUGCUUGGACGGGUCCGAUGAAGAGCGCUGUGGUUCCUCAGUCAGCCCGGCGACUACACAGCGCCCCCUAGUGCCGAGCCCCUGCUCUCCCAAGCAGUUCCUUUGUAGUAGUGGCGAGUGUGUACACCUGGACCGCAGAUGUGACCUGCAGAGGGACUGUUCAGAUGGUUCUGAUGAGAAAGACUGUGUUGACUGCAUCAUGUCUUCAUGGACAUCAUGGAGUAUGUGCAGUGUUUCCUGUGGCUUGGGCUCGUUAUUUCGACAAAGAGACAUUAUUCGGGAAGCCCUACCAGGAGGAUCCUGUGGCGGUGCCCAGUUUGACAGCCGCCCCUGCUUCCCAAGACCAUGUUCAGUUGAUGGUCAUUGGUCAGGGUGGACUGAGUGGUCAGAAUGUGAUGCCCAAUGUGGUGGCGGUGUCAGGGAGAGGAGCAGAACCUGUUCCUCACCUCCUCCCAAAAAUGAUGGUAGAGAUUGUGAAGGCAUGACCCAGCAGAGUCAGAGCUGCAACAGCCAGCCAUGCACCAAAGACACGGGAACACAAACAGGUUGUGUCAGUGGCAUGGUGCUUGUGUCUGAGGAAGACUGCCAGGCCGGGAGAGUCCAGUCUUGUCCUCCGACAUGCUCACAGCUCAGUUUCACCAACAACUGUACUGAAGAAUGUACAACAGGGUGCCGCUGUCCGGAUGGCAUGUACUUACAGGGAGGACAGUGUGUGAAGGCCAGCCAAUGUGUCUGUCAAUGGAAUGGCCAAAUAUUGCAGCCAGGACAGACCAUCAGCAUGGACAAUUGUACAAAAUGUGUAUGCAAGGAUGGACACGUCACCUGCGACUCUUCCGACUGCAUGCUGAGCUGUCAGUGGUCAGGCUGGUCGUCAUGGUCACCAUGUGACGUCACCUGCGGGCUUGGGCUCCAACAGCGAUACAGGUCUCCAAUAAACCAGACAGGAGCCAUCAGAGGAGUCCUGUGCCCAGGAGACUUAUCAGAAGUCCGCCGCUGCUCCAUCCCUUGCACAGACCAACCGGAUGGGGUUUGGAGUAAAUGGACCAGCUGGUCAGAGUGCAGUAAGACGUGUUUCCAUCAUGUUGACGAUGUGGGAAUCCGACAACGAUUCCGCAGCUGCAACCACAAUCAUACUCACACGCCUUCCUGUGAUGGAGACAACAUAGAGCAGGAGCCUUGCAACACGGUGCACUGUGCAGUGGACGGCAGCUGGUCUGCAUGGUCCAUGUGGUCUCUCUGUUCCUCUGAUUGUGACUCUGGUGUUCAAACUCGAGAGCGAUUCUGCACUUCACCUCCACCACAACAUGGAGGCAGCAGUUGUCCUGGUCCACACGUUCAGACGAGAGACUGCAAUGCUCACCCCUGUAGAGGUGUGUGCCCAGAAGGCAUGACUUACUUGACAGCAGCACAGUGUGAGCAGCAAGGAGGUGCAUGUCCUCGUGUGUGUUUGGACAUGACCUCCACGGAGGUGCAGUGUGCCACCGCCUGUUACGACGGCUGCUACUGUGAGCUGGGCUUCUACUUGCUCAAUGGCAGCUGUGUCACUUUGUCCCAGUGUCCUUGUUACCACCAGGGGGGCCUCUACCCAGCUGGGGUCACUCUGUCUGUAGAUGCAUGCAACAACUGCACAUGCAUCGAUGGAAAAAUGGAAUGUGGAAAAAAGCCUUGUCCUGUGGACUGCGGCUGGAGCAGCUGGACCCAGUGGAGCGCCUGUAGUCGAACAUGUGAUGUUGGUGUGAGGAGGCGGUACCGUUCGGGAACCAAUCCCCCACCAGAGUCUGGAGGUCGUCCCUGCGAAGGCGUCAGGGUUGGCAUGGACACUUGCAGCGUUGAACCUUGUUUUGGUGUCAAAGAACCAUGGAGUUUGUGGUCCGAGUGCUCAGUGACGUGUGGAGGAGGUUACAGGACCAGAACCAGGGGACCCAUCAGAGUUCAUGGCACUUCACAACAGUUCAAUGCCUGUAACCUGCAGCCAUGCGAUGCUGGCAGAGUGUGUCCGGCAGGUCAGCAGUGGGAGCAAUGUAUGAGGGGAGCAGUGUCGUGUUCAGAUGUCACAAUGGGCCUCAGUCGGAACUGUACGCCAGGCUGCCAGUGUCCACCUGGGACUUUCCAACAGGAUGGAACGUGCGUCCAUGAAUCUGAGUGUCGCUGUGAUGUUGAUGGAGAGAAAUAUAAACCAGGAGAAAUUGUUCCCUCAGACUGCAAAAACUGUACAUGUGAAGCGGGGAGACUAGUACACUGCUCUCAAGCCAUCUGUAAUGUUGAUGGGCAGUGGUCCUUGUGGACUCCGUGGGGUCACUGUUCCGUGUCAUGUGGAGCAGGUCUGCAGUCCAAAUAUCGCUUCUGUUCCAGCCCUCAGCGCUCUGGCAGCGGCUUGUCAUGUCUGGGACCUAAUCGUGAGGACAGAGUCUGUGUCAACACUUUGUGCGACCGUGAUGGUAGUUGGGGUCCAUGGAGUGACUGGACAGAGUGUACCAAGUCUUGUGGUGGAGGUGUUCAUAGCCGCAGGAGAGAAUGUGACAGUCCAAGUCCAGAAGCAGAUGGAAACUACUGUGAAGGUCUUGGAACAGAUAUCAAAGCCUGUAACACCAACCACUGCCCAGUGGCGCCGUGCUCCAAGGUGCCUGGUACAGUGUUUAGUAGCUGUGGUCCUUCUUGUCCACGCUCUUGUGAUGACCUGGCAGUACUUUGUUUAGAGAGAGACAAAUGUCCCUGCCUCGAUCUUACAACUGGACGUCGGUUGGAGCCUGGAGACGUCACUUUGGCCGCGGAUGGCUGUAAUAACUGCACCUGUGAGGGGGGGAAGCUGAACUGCACCCAAAAACCUUGUCCAGUACCAGGUGACUGGUGUGAGUGGUCUGAUUGGACUCCAUGUUCCAAGACCUGCGGGGCAGAAUCGGUGUCUCGUUACAGAAGUUGUUCCUGUCCUGAACCUAAAGCUGGCGGUGUGCCUUGCUCUGGAGACCAGGAAGUACACAAUGGAGUUGGUGUUCAAAUCCAGACACAACCUUGUCCUGUCGUCACCUUUUGUCCAGUCCACGGUUCUUGGAGUCCCUGGUCAACAUGGUCAGCAUGUGAUGGAUGUGCCGGGUCGUCCACUCGCACAAGGGACUGUGACAGACCUCCUGCCCGCUUUGGCGGGCUGCCUUGUAUUGGAGAGAGGAUGCAGAGCCGUGGUUGCCAUGACAACGACACCGUGUGCUCAGACUGUGAGGGAGGCCAGAUAGACUGGCCCUGUGGCAAACCUUGUCCUCGCUCCUGUUCUGAUCUCCAUGGCGACACCGAAUGCCAGGACUUUGCAGGGUGCAGCAGGACUUGUGGUUGCCCGGGCGACAUGGUCCUGCAGGAUGGGGUGUGUGUAUCCAGGGAGGAGUGUCGCUGCAAAUACGACAACAGCUCCUCUGCUGAUUUCAGAAAUGCGUCAUGGCCAAACCAAGCUGAUUGGCAGUUUGCAAGUCAUGGAGAAGAAAUCAUCAUGGACUGCAAAAACUGUUCCUGCCAAGCUGGAGUGUUGCUCUGCGAUCCACUUCCUGGCUGCUACGUAGACGGUGGCUGGAGUCAGUGGGGGGUGUGGUCACCUUGCUCACUUACCUUCAGUUGUGGUGGAGGCCAACAGUCCAGGUAUCGGACGUGCAGCUCAUCAUCCUGCAGUGGAAUCAGUCGCCAGAGCAAGACUUGCAACACUGAAGUUUGUCUUGAGGUGGGAUGUCCCCCGGGCAGACUUUAUAGAGAGUGUGAGCGAGGGGAGGGAUGUCCCUUCAGCUGUGCCCAGAUAAGCGGCAGGGAGGGCUGCUAUUCUGAUGGCUGCGAGGAAGGCUGCCACUGCCCCUUAAACACUUUCCAACAUGACGGACUCUGCCUGAAUGAAUGUCCCUGCCUGGUCGAUAAGGAACUUCUGUCCUCCCUUGCAAGUGUUUCCAUCAUGCCAGACUCAACUCCACUUCUCCAGAAUAUCUCUGAGGGUGUAGAGCUGCAGCCUGGAGACACGGUGGUCCACGACUGCAGCUCAUGUGUCUGUGAGCACGGCAGGUGGAACUGUUCCUUAGAGUACUGUCCAGUAGACGGCGGUCUGUCAUCCUGGGGGCCCUGGAGCCCCUGCUCGCUGUCUUGUGGAGGCCUUGGGCUGAAGAGCCGCUCUCGAGGCUGCACCCAGCCUGCUCCCGCUCAUGGAGGGAAAAACUGCCGUGGACCAUACCUUGAAAGCACGUACUGUCAGGCUCCUGACUGCCCAGUUGGUCCAACGGAAGAACCAACACUACCAGAUGAAGAUGCUGGUUUCACUGGCUGGUCAACAUGGAGUCCGUGCACUAAAACGUGCAGCGACGCUCGCUCACCGGCCAUGAAGUCACGUCAUCGUCAAUGCAUCAGACCCCCGUGCUUUGGGGACAUUCACCAAGACAAAGCCUGCAACCUUCCUCAGUGUCCAGACCCAGGAGUCUGCGUAGGUGAGGAUUGUGAAAAAAGGGACUGUGCCUGGAAAGAGUGGGGGCAGUGGGGAUCCUGUUCACGUUCCUGCGGAGUCGGCCAGCAGCAUAGGAUCAGAACCUUCAUCAGUCCUGGCACCAACGGCUCGUGGUGUGACGACAUCUUAGGAGGAAACUUGGAACAGCGCUUCUGUAACAUCAAACCCUGCAGAGUGGAUGGAGGAUGGUCCAGAUGGAGUCCGUGGUCACUCUGUGAUAAACUUUGUGGCGGAGGUCGUUCUAUUCGCACACGUUCUUGUUCCAGUCCUCCUCACAAGAACGGAGGAAAGAACUGUAAAGGAGAGAAGAAUCAAGUCAAACCCUGCAACACUAAACCUUGUGAUGAACAAGGAUGCCCACCAGGACAGGAAGUAGUUUCCUGUGCCAACGAGUGUCCACAGCGCUGCUCUGACCUGCAGCAGGGCAUCGAGUGCCAGACCAACACUGAAUGUCAGCCUGGUUGCCGUUGCCCCAAAGGUCAGCUGCAGCAGGACGGCGUGUGUGUGCACCUCUGGCAGUGCGACUGUGUGGACUCGCAGGGUCAGAUGUGGGCCGCUGGCAGUUGGCACCAAGUAGAUUGCAACAACUGCAGCUGCUCCAGUGGACAGUUCACCUGCACCAAUCACACCUGUCAACCUGCAUGCACGUGGAGCUCCUGGUCCAGUUGGGCAUCAUGCAGCGUUUCCUGUGGGCAGGGCCGGAGAACCCGAUAUAGGUACAACUGCCAGUUUGAGGAAGUCCAGCAUAAAUAUUGUGAUCCAGGACCCUGCCCUCCUCUUUGUCUCCAUGACGACCAGGAGCUCCACGUCGGAGACACCUGGCUGCAGGGAGAAUGUCAACAAUGCACUUGUACUCCAGAGGGAGAUUAUUGCCAAGAUAUCGAUUGCAGAGUGGACGGCGCUUGGACUCCAUGGUCUGUGUGGUCUGACUGCUCAGUGACUUGUGGACCAGGAACCCAAGUUCAAACACGCGCUUGCAUCAACCCUCCACCUCGUAACAACGGCUCUCAGUGUGACGGCUCAGAGAAGCAGACACAGAAUUGCCAUGCUCCUCCUUGUCUGGAUGACCUCUGCCCCUGGUCGCCAUGGUCGCCAUGUUCCCGGACGUGUGGCGCGGGGUCUGUGGUGCGGCGUCGAGUGUGUCUGUGCGGGAAGGGAGGAAGUGCAGCCUGUCCUGCUGAAAUUGAGGCUCAGAUGAACCAGGAAGAGAACCAGCUCUGUUUUAAACAGCCUUGUUCAGAAUGUCCCAUGUCAGGAUGGAGUGUUUGGUCUCCGUGCUCAUGCGAGUCUCAAAGGCAGCAGCGAUACCGUGUGGCUGUCACCCCAGCCACCAGGGGGCAGCAGUGCUCUGCUGUAGAAACAGAGAGCAGGCCGUGCAGCCUCAGUCACUGUGAUGAAGAAUGUGAAGCCCCGUUUGAGUUCUCCUCAUGUGGCUCUCCUUGUGACAAGCUUUGUGAACUUCAUGGACGUGCAGAUCUCUGCUCGGGUGUCAGGGAGUGUACACCCGGCUGCUACUGCCCUACGGGUUUGCUGCAGCAGAAUGGUAGUUGUGUACCUUCAGAGCAGUGUGGUUGCAUCUACUUGCAGCACCAAGCUGCAGGACAACCACUCACACCUGUCACUGUUCCUCAGGGGUCCACCAUCACCCUCGGAUGUAGUACCUGCCUUUGCUAUGAUGGGACUUUAGAGUGUGACAUGAGGGAGUGUGAAGUUGUCCUCAGUGAGUGGUCAGAGUGGACCCCCUGCUCGCCCUGCAUGCCCUCCUCCUCCCUGCCCCCGACCAGCUCCCUCCUUGAAUGGGCCGUCAAUGGCAGUAAAAUGAUCUCAGUCCAGAGGCGCUUCCGGGCCUGUUUGGACUUCGAUUCUGGUUUUCCAGUAUCUGAAGAGCAAGCCAAAAGCCGAUGUCCAGAACCACAGGAAGAGGACAGGCUGUGCGACGAUGCUCGCAUUUGCCAGGAUGUGUGUCAGUGGAGUGCAUGGAGUACAUGGACAGUGUGUGCCGAGCCAUGCAGUGGGGGAGUCAGGCAGCGCUACAGGCGGCCUCUGGCCUCACCUCCAGGACCGCGAUGUGGCAGCCAGCAGACACAAAGCCAGAGCUGCAACACAGGACUUUGUCCAGGUGAACGCUGUGAAGACCGGGGUCGGACCUACCAGGAGACAUGUGCCAAUCAGUGUCCUCGAAGCUGCACAGACUUAUGGGAGCAUGUCCAGUGUCUGCAGGGAGCUUGUUAUCCUGGUUGUCGCUGUCCAGAGGGACAGUUAUUGCAGGACAGUCGUUGCGUUCCUGUGACAGAAUGUCGUUGUGGUGUUCCGUCAGGAAAUGGAACAUUGCAAUACAUCUCAAAUGAAGAGCUUGUUGUAGACUGCAACACCUGUGUGUGUCAGAAUGCUACUUUGGUUUGCACCAAUCUUACCUGUCCUGUCUAUGAGCCUUGGAGUGAAUGGACCAUCUGUUCGGUCACUUGUGGGCGUGGCCAGCGCACAAGAACACGCCUUUGCCAAGACACAGAGGGCGGCCCUUCUUGUUCUGACACCAUGCGGACAGGAAGUUGUGACCUGGGCGCCUGUCCAGCGGGAUGUUUGUUAAGCCAAUGGUCAUCUUGGAGUGAGUGCAGUGUCUCGUGUGGCGGUGGCUUGUCCAUGCGCAACAAGACCAUCCUUCAGGACUCUGAGCCUGGCGGACCUGUCUGUGCUAGACCUCUUGAACAACAUACUGUUUGUAACAGCAACAACUGCACAGCCGUGUGUCCCAAAGGUCAGGUGUUCAGUGAGUGUUCCACUUCCUGUCCAUACACGUGUGAGGACAUGUGGCCUCACACCCAGUGUCUACCAGGACCAUGCAGUCCAGGAUGCGCCUGCCCCCCUGGACAGCUGUUUCAUGCGGGAGUGUGUGUGUCACUCACAGACUGUCCCUGCUCACUGCUGUCUCUGCCGACUGUCUACCAAAACUUGAAUAUAAGCAUGGAAGAGAAGACAGAAGUCUUGGUGCCACCUGGAACAUCCUUCCAGCACGUCUGUAACACCUGUGUGUGUCAAGGAGGAGCGUUUAACUGCACCUCAGAGCUCUGUGAUGCGUGUCCUGACGGCGAGCGAUGGAAGAGGAGCUUGUCGGAAAAUUGGCCGUUGUGCGAGCGAAGCUGUGAGGACGUGUACUCUCCAACUCCUGUCAACUGCAGCAACUCCUGGGAGGGCUGUGUGUGUCAGGAGGGGCUUUAUCGUAACAAGGAGGGGCUUUGUGUCAUCCCUGCUUUCUGCCCCUGCCAUGACCAGGGCAUCGUGCGGGAGGCAGGAUCAGAGUGGGAAGAUGGCUGCCUGUCAUGUCGUUGUGUGAACGGGAACAAACUUUGUCAGCCAAGGUGUCCUGAAGUUCACUGUGACGAGGGAGAAAUCAAAGUUGAGGAACCAGGAAGCUGCUGCCCCGUCUGCAGGAAACAUUUUCCAGGUGAACCUGUGCCCGAGUGUCGUCGUUACGUACAAGUCAAGAACAUCACGAAGGGAGACUGUCGCCUUGACAACGUGGAGGUUAGCUUCUGCAGGGGACGAUGUCUGUCCAGGACUGAUGUCAUCUUGGAGGAGCCCUACCUGAGGUCCGUGUGUGACUGUUGCAGUUAUCGUUUGGACCCCGACACACCUGUUCGCUUCCUCAACCUGCAGUGUGACAGCGGUGACAGCGAGCCGGUGGUCCUUCCCGUCAUACGCAGCUGUGAGUGCACCAGCUGCCAAGGAGGCGACCUGUCCAGGCGAUGAGCAUAAGUAUUAUUUUUAUGAUGUUAUUCAUUCACUUAGAUGUAUUGACAAAAAAACAAAAGAUUACGGUCAGACUACUUGUUCAAAAGCACACUUCAAACCAAACCUUUUUACUAUCAUGUAAAUCCAUUCAUAACUUCUCAACCUUUCUUCUUUUCUUUUAUAUCACAUUAAAGGAGCUUUCAUCUCUGAUCUAAAUACAGUAGAACCCGCUUAUGUCGACAGCACGUUUGUACAGUGGGGCAAAAAAGUAUUUAGUCAGCCACCGAUUGUGCAAGUUCUCCCACUUAAAAUGAUGACAGAGUUCUGUAAUUUUCAUCAUAGGUACACUUCAACUGUGAGAGACAUAAUGUGAAAAAAAAAUCCAGGAAUUCACAUUGUAGGAAUUGUAAAGAAUUUAUUUGUAAAUUAUGGUGGAAAAUAAGUAUUUGGUCAACCAUUCAAAGCUCUCACUGAUGGAAGGUUUUGGCGCAAAAUCUCACGAUACAUGGCACCAUUCAUUCUUUCCUUAACACAGAUCAAUCGUCCUGUCCCCUUAGCAGAAAAACAGCCCCAAAGCAGGAUGUUCCCACCCCCAUGCUUCACAGUAGGUAUGGUGUUCUUGGGAUGCAACUCAGUAUUCUUCUUCCUCCAAACACGACGAGUUGAGUUUAUACCAAAAAGUUAUAUUUUGGUUUCAUCUGACCACAUGACAUUCUCCCAAUCCUCUGCUGUAUCAUCCAUUUAUCCAUAUUAAGACAAAUAUGCACACAAAGAGGAAAAUCAUGUCAACACAAAAAAAUAUUCUACAAUCUCAAUAUAUCAUAGCGUAAGAUAAUGUGCAGAAAUGACUAGUUAGGUCAGUUUGUGGUUAUGUCCACAGCCACUUAAAUCCAGUCUGAGAAGCGUCGACACAAACGGUGUCCGCUGUACUUCUUCUUGUUCUUUGUUCUGUACAGACUUUUUCCCACUCCUUUUUUUGUACGGAAGACCUUAUGAUCUGUUCUGAAUAUGACUUUACUCCAUAUUUGGAGUAAACUCAAUUUACUCCAAAUCAUGUGCAAAUAACUAUGUGUGAUUACUCGUCAAGACAAAAAUAAACCCUGGUAUGCAAAAUCAA